AUGACCGAACCCCCCUCGCUCCCAAUCGGAGAUUUCCGGAAAGAGCCGAGCCGAGCCGAGCUCUACACUCCUUUCCCCAUCGGGACUUUUCGGAAAGUGCCGAGCCGAGAUCGGAGACUUCCGGAAAUGGCCGAACGGGCUGCGCUCGCGAUUGGCUCCUUCCGGAAACCGAAGCUGUCUCUUCGGCCCGUCUCUCCUUCCGGAAAUGGCCGAGCCCUCUCUCCCUGUUUCGGCUAUUUCCGGAACCGCUUCCCCCUGCCCCAGGACACCCCUGAGCUGGUCCCAGGGGGUCCAGCCUGGGAGCGGCCGGCGGGGGGCGGGCGCAAGUACCCGGACCACUGCGAGGCACGGGCGUCGCGCCCGGGCCGCAGCCGCAUCCCGGGCCGGGACCACCGGCGCUACUACCACGAGCACUGGCGCGGCGAGUACCUGAUGGCCUUCGACGCGGCGCGGCACGGCAUGACCUGCAUGGUGUGCGGCAGCGCCCUGGCCACCCUCAAGCUCAGCACCAUCAAGCGCCACAUCCGCCAGAAGCACCCCUACUCGGGCGGCUGGGGACCCCGCGAGAAGCAGGUCAUCAUUCAGAGCUGGGAUGCCCACCUGGGGCUGGAGCCAGGCCCCGGUGGGGCACCCCGUGGGCUCCCUGUGUCCCCAGGCCCGGGGCUGGCGUCGGCGGGGGGCCCGCGGAGCCGGCGGGUGGGCGCGGUAAAGGUGGGCGGGGGCGCGCGGCGCCUGGAGCGCUACGUGCGCGAGUCCCUGCAGGGCUGGUUCCAGGCCGAGUUCCUCAUGGACUACGACGCCCAGGGCAACCGGCUGCGCUGCAUGACCUGCGGGCGCAGCCUGCCCAGCCUGCACCUGGACGACAUCAAGCACCACGUGCUGACCGCCCACCCCGCCUCGCUCACCUUCGGCCCUGCUGAAAAGGCCGCCGUGCUCGAGGCCUGGCGCGCCCGUGCCCUCGUCUUGGCCGCUGGCAAGGCCUGGGAGCCCGGCUUCGAAGAUUCCCAGCAUCCUUUGCAGCUGCCCAGCCCAGAAGAAAUGCCGGAGGAGGAAGACGAGGAGGAGGAGGAAGAAGAGGAGGAAGAGGAGGAGGAGGAAGAGGAGGAGGACAACCAUUCUGAGGAUGCCCGAGGGGCUGAGACACCACUGCCGCCUGCCCCCCGCCCGGACGCUGGGGUCCCCCGGGGCAGGGGUGGCGCUGGGGGGCCGGCCCGGGGCCGGAGCCAGCGGCGGAACUACCAGCAGCACUGGCUGGCCCAGUUCCUCAUGGACUUCGAUGGGCGGCGCCAGGGGCUGGUGUGCAUGGUGUGCGGCGGGGCCUUGGCCACGCUCAAGGACAAGCCUGGGUGUCCACGUCCCCACGCCAGGAGGUGCCGGUGUCACAGCAGGAGGGCUGUAAGAGGUGGCUGCCAUCCUCCCCCACCCCCGCAGCUGGCAAGUCCUUCCCUGGGACAUGGGGUGCUGGGAGCAGAGACGGAGCGUGACAGCCAGACCACUCUGGGGGAGGGGGAGGCUCCAGAGACCAGGGGAGAUGGGAUACUGGGCUAGAUGGGCCUACUGGUCUGGUCUAGCUGCUUUUGUGGGCUGAAGAACUCUGUGCAUCGGAGCACCAUGAUGGUGACACAGGCUCUGCUCUCAAUGAGAAACCAGGGGGAAACUGAGGCACGGGCAAGGGGACCAACUUCCUGGUUGCCGGUGGUCUAAUCUCGCAUCCAAUUUCAGGGCUAUAAAGCCAAGAGCUUCCCUUUAUCCAGGCUUACGAACCUGCAGAAGGGGCUGGACCAAGAGAAAUUGGUGUGAGAAUGGGAUUGUUGCACAAACUUUUAAGCCUAACCUGCUCUGUGGGGUAGCCCUGGGUGGCGGGUGGUGCCUGCUCAGACCUACUUCUCCUUCCUCGAGCCAUGGGUUGCUCCGGGAAGGUGAAGUUGGAGCUAGGAGUGGGAUUUGAACCCAAGAUCCCUUUCCUCUUUGUUUUAUGGAUGCAGUCUCUGCUCUUCUUCAUCUGGCCAUGGUGUCUUCUUAGCAGGCCCUGGAAGACUUUUGGGGUCUCCAGAGCUAUUGUAGGAGGCCAAAGUCUCUCCUUGUUUUAAUAGACUGGUUGCCCUUCAAAGAAGGGCUGGGCUGGCCAGUAGGGACCAGACUAGGGAGACUGGGGUGGCUGCUGUGGGAGCUCGAGAGCUGACGCAGGAUGUGGAGGCAGGAGGGCGGGAGCGUGCCGAAAGGAGGCUCCUGCAGGGAGGGAACUAUUAGAUGGUGGCACAAAAUCAAGACACGAGCUGAAUCCUUGGAGGCUUGAGUCACGGCAGGUGGGAAACUGGAAGGAGGCUGAAGUGGGUUGGGGCACUGUCCCCUUGUUGGAGGGGGGUUGUUGUCUCGCUCGGCCAUGUAGAAAGGUGGGUGACUGGGUUUUGCAAUGAGCUUGGAGACCUGGCUAGCGGGCAAAUGACCCAGAGGCCUUUGCUCAGGGACUGGAGUCAAUAGGAUAUGGGAACAAAGCUGGUUGAGCCCUGGAGAUCCAUCCAGAGUCCCCAGACAAGGGAAGGACAUUGGUCUCCUCAUCAGACCAAGCAACCGGCCCCCUUCCAACCCAAGUUGGAAUCCACUCGCCACAGCCUUGUCCUCGCGGCUCUGGGCUGGGCACUGCCAGCUGGCAUCGAAGGUAGGUUGUGGCCAGGGACAGUCUUCCCAGCUGAGGGAUGCAUGCAGGUCCAUGUUGGAUUAUUGGCUGGAAUUGCCACAGUGGCCUUUCAAAUGAUCAAGAAGUAGGGCUGGAAGAGACCUGCAGAGAUCAUCGGAGCAGAGCAAGCCCGCCCGCGUACCGCCCGGAUGUCGCUCAGUGCCCCUCCAAAGACUUCUGGUCCCGCCUCACAGCUGCACGCCUGAGCUUCCUGCAGUGCAGUUGCUCCUCAAGUCUUGAGUAAUGAUAAAAGGUGCAGGUGGAAAAAUCAAUCGCUUUUUCUCGGGGCCAGCACAAUGAGUCUGUCCUAAGACACUGACUUUGAGGUCCCUCUUGCCAAGCCCCAGCUACCCCUUGGUUAGGAAAAGCUGAGACGUGAGAUGUCCUGGUCCCGUCGGCUGUCACUUGGGUGCCAAUUGAGGUCAAAGGGUUGUUGCAAUAGCAACCAGAGUUAGCUGGAGUCUCCCCACUUGCACUUCCUGCAAAACGCCAGCAACGGCGAUGAGCGGAGUUCAUCUCGACCAGGAGCUACCAGGACAAUCUGGAAGUCUCAUCUGCCAUGUCCCCCGCCGGGGUGGAAACAAGUCAUAG